AUGUGUAUCCCUUCCUCCUAUGCUGACCUUGACAAAGCCGCCAGAGAUAUUUUCAACAAGGGAUUUGGCUUUGGGUUGGUAAAGCUGGAUGUGAAAAUGAAGUCAUGCAGUGGUGUGGAAUUUUCAACAUCUGGUUCAUCUAAUACGGACACUGGUGAAGUUAGUGGGACCUUGGAGACCAAAUACAAACGGUUUGGGUAUGAGUACGGUCUGACUUUCACAGAAAAAAGGAACACCAAUAACACUCUGGGGACAGAGAUCGCCACUGAAGACCAGAUCUGUCAAGGUUUGAAGCUGGCAUUUGAUACUACCUUUUCACCAAACACAGGAAAGAAAAGUGGUAAAAUCAAGUCUGCUUACAAGAGGGAGUGUAUAAACCUUGGCCGUGAUGUUGACUUUGAUUUGGCUGGACCUGAGAUCCAUGGCUCAGCUAUCUUUGGUUACGAGGGCUGGCUUGCUGGGUGCCAGAUGACCUUUGACAGUGCCAAGUCAAAGCUGACAAGGAGUAACUUGGCAGUAGGUUGCAGGACUGGGGACUUCCAGUUACAUGCUAAUGUCAAUAAGGGGACAGAAUUUGGAGGAUCAAUGUAUCAGAAAUUGGAUCCCACUGUUUCCAUUUCUGCAAAGAUCAACAACUCCAGUUUAAUUGGAGUGGGCUGUACUCAGACUCUGCAGCCUGGUGGGAAGCUUACACUGUCUGCUCUGGUAGAUGGGAAGAGCUUUAAUGCUGGAGGCCACAAACUCAGGAUUGCCUUGGAAUUGGAAGCUUAA